UUCUGGUUCGACUCAAACACGGCUUUACUCCUUUCGACGCUGUUUACGUCGAUAUAUGUCCUGACGGGAGUUCUGUCGCAUGGUUGACAUGUGAAGCCCAUACUCUGCCAUGUUGUCCAACCGUUUGUCCUAAACACCCUCCCAACAUGUCUCCAGGGGAGUCUAAGCCGCAUAAGCGACCGAGCCUCCCUCUACGUCCAGACUGGACAUCUGAAGAUGAAUAUGUCCAGUCCGUACUAUCAUUUGCAACGACCUCAGACCUCUUCCGCAAUCUCUGCGGUGGUGUGCACAUUUUGGACUUCCUCACAAGGGAGCCAGACCUGUACACCCAUGUCCUCCCGCAAGACUGGCGCGACUGGUUCGAUCUCGUGACCAUUGACGAUGUGCUGGAUCUCCUUCUUCGCGAAGAACUAUCCAAGUUCGAGAACGCUACAAUUCAACAAAAUGGAAUACCCAUCCCACCACAGACACUGUUAGACUACGUUCACACAGUUCGAAAACACUGUCUACAACGACGAUUUCAGCCAGUCUUAGACAACAUCCCAGACAUGCCAAGGCACAUCUCGGUCGGUAUGAAAACCAAGAAAGUCCACGAAGUCACCAACUUUGCAGCAUACGUGGACAAGCUCUCGACGGAGGUGUCAGAACGACUACAGGAGCCCAUUUCGGUGGUCGACUUCGGAUCAGGACAGAACUACCUAGGCCGAACACUGGCCUCACCACCAUACAACAAGCACGUCAUUGCCAUCGAGCGCAAACACCACAAUAUCGCCGGCGCUCAAGCAAUGGACGUACACGCCAAACUGGCCAAAAGGGAGAAAAUCAUGCGCAAUAAGAAAGAAUGGAAACGUCAACUUGCUCUGAACAACGGCAUGCCGACACCACCACCCGAAGAACAAACAGAUGACUCUCCUAUCCCAGACGUGAUCCUAGCUUCCAACGAUCUCACCAACGGAUUUGACUCCAGCAAAGGGUCAAUGACGUAUAUCGAGCACGACGUCAAGGACGGGCAUCUCGAGAACAUAUUAUAUCCAGACGAGGACAACAACGACGAUGAGCAUCCACCAGAGCACACCACAAAGACCCCCAACAACGGCAACACCACCGAAUCCGUUUCAUCCCGCCCCAAAGCAAUGGUAGUCUCACUGCACUCCUGCGGCAACCUCUCACAUCACGGCCUCCGCUCUUUGACUUUGAACCCCUCAAUCUCAGCAGUCGCAAUAAUAGGAUGCUGCUACAACCUCCUCACCGAACGUCUCGGCCCAGCAUCCUACAAACUCCCCCAACUCCGCCCUAAUCACCCACGCCUCGAAGCCACCGGCUCAGCCUACGAUCCUCACGGGUUCCCCAUGUCCCGCACUCUCGAGACCUUCACAUACCCCACGAGCGAGAGCGAGGGCCAGGCUGACUUCCCGCACGCCUCCGGCGCGGGCGUCAAACUCAACAUCACAGCACGCAUGAUGGCCGUGCAAGCCCCCUACAACUGGGGCCCCGAGGACUCCGAAGCCUUCUUCCGACGGCACUUCUACCGUACCCUCCUUCAACGUAUCCUUCUUGAUCUCGGCGUCGUGCACCAAUACCCCGGUGACCCAGAAAGUCUAGCCGGAGGCAGUAUAACAGGCCGCGACACCAACGGCACACCCCUUAUCGUCGGAUCCCUCCGAAAAGCAUGUUUCACAAGUUUCCGCGCAUACGUGCAUGGCGCGCUUGCCAAACUUGUCAACGAUCCUACGGAUGGAGAUAUGAUUCGCGAAAAGACGAGAGACUUGACGGACGAUGUCAUCGACGAAUACGAACACAAGUGGGGCUACGCGAAGAAGAAUCUCGCCGUGAUUUGGAGUUUGAUGGCGUUCAGUGCCGGGGUGGUCGAAAGUAUCAUUGUUACGGACCGGUGGCUGUUCUUGCGCGAGCAGGACUGUGUCAAGGACGCGUGGGUGGAUAUUGUAUUUGAUUAUAAACAGUCUCCCAGGAACUUUGUCGUUGUGGGGAUAAAGAAGGAAAUGGACGAUGUGUCACCACCCACUUGAAGGCUCACGUGAGAACAGACAAAUUCGCGAAGCAAACCAAAAUGGAAGGGAUGGCAACCCUAACGAGGCUGAGGUUGAGCUUGAGGCUGAGCUUGAGGCUGUCAGACACAUCUACAGAUCUUCAUUGCUGUCUAUCUCCGGACGAUCCCCCAUCUACGACCUGAUUUAUGUCAGAACCAGCUUGGGUCCAUCUAUAGGCGACCACCUAUCUCACCUGUACAACUUACAGCUUAUUCGCUGUCGCCAAGGGU